AUGGCGGCAGGGUAUCUUUUCUCAGAGGAGGACGACAGCGGCAGGAGCGCUGUGCCCUCGGCCUCGUCGUCCCAUCCUCUGGGGCCGUGCGACGCGCCCAGGGGUUUGAGGAGGCACGAAGCUGGAAAGAUGCCGUCAGAAGUAAGCGGCGGCGCCUGUGCGCACAAGCCGGAGCCGCGGGCUCGGCACGGGACUGAGAAGACUUUACCGUAUUUGUUUAUGAGGAACCGAUCGAGGAAAACGCGAGAGCGAAGUGGGAGUCUGCCUCCGCGAGCCAUCCAGGAGCAGCUCCAGGUCCUCCGCCGCCUGUUUCGACGCCUCACACACGUGAUUCGGCACGCCGCCUUCGAGCGGCAGGAAGAGGAGCUAGACUACCUGCUCGGUCAAAACAGUGUGGGUAGCGGCGACCAGCGAGGAAACAUCUGCGGCUACUUUACAAAGCCUGCGCGCCGCAGGGAUUUCUGGACAUACACCGCGGGCCUUCGUUAUCUGAGAGACUACGAUAGCUCAACAGAUGAGAGCUGCUGGAGCAACGCCAGGCAAAGCGAAGGCGAAGAACCUGUUGAGUUCUUUCCGACUGACCCGCUGAUCGAGAACAACCGGGCAGCUGGCGUCCACACAGAACUCGCGCCGACGACCACAGACGCGGAAGAGACCUUCGAAGACGAUGGAAAAUACGCGCGCGAUGACCACGUAUCUGCCACAGAGAGCGUCCUCGGCGAGUCGCCCUUCUUCACUGCGCAGGUCGGUGCUCUCACUGUUGGCAACGACCUUUCCCAGCGCACCUUGGCAUUGCCGAGAUCGCUGCUGCCUCCUAGCAGCCAUCCACUGGGCCGCGAUCUCAGAGGGAAUAGGAAGCCAUCCUGCGAGAACGUUUUCUGCUGCCUUCUACGCCGGCUGGUCACCGUGCUAGAUCAGAGAGGGACUGCCGCGAGUCAAGAAAACCUUAUCCGCGGCAGGGAAGGGAGGUCGCGUAACUGGGUUACCAAUGGAGGCUCUCCCGCGAGCUCCUCUCCGAUGGUGAUUCCGUGUUCUCGACUUUCUGGGUCAGGAGAUGGUGAGGAGCGCCGCGGCCCAGCCGAGGCUGCCCACGAGGACGUCGGUGGGGGAGCUUCGUGCCCGGUGUCUGCUCUAGAUCUCCUUCCUUUAUCGUGUAUCAAAACGCUUCGUCUUCUCCUUGUUCAUCCAGAUAUUCACUGUCGGCUUCUUGCGCUUGAAGCCUGCACGAUUUUACUGGAUUCUCCGGUGCAGCAUCGGCGUUUCGCUUCUCUCCAAGUUCCACAGCUCAUCUCGAAGGUUUUGCUGCGGGAGCCCGAGACGCCGCUCUCCACAGGUUUCGACCCGUCCCAGGUCGAUGAAGGGCUGGAGUUGGGAGCAGGGAGGCCCUUGCUAGCCUUCCACGGGGCUCACGAUGGUAGUCGAAGGCGGCGACCCGACGCGCACGUUCCUUUCCUGUAUUCCGACGCAGCCUCGCUGCGGGCGCCUCAUCAGUGGGACGGAGCCUGGGCGUGCGCCGCCUCCGGGGGAGCGGUCAGAGCUGCCCACGUCGAGCGCCAAGCGGCGCUCAAGUUUGUGAGAGUCUGGACCGCCUUGUGCCGGCUCGCGCGCCGCGAUCCCGAGUCGGAUGAUCGAAGGAGCGGAGGGCCUUCUCUGCGCCCCUGCGGCGGAUCCUACUGCCGCUGCAUGGACCUUGACCUUUUUACGCGCCCGCUUCUCCCGGAUGUUCUCGUCCAUACUGUCACCUCGCUCGCUGCAGCGCCUGAGGAAGACAGCAGCUCCUCGUCGGCGACCGCCGCCGCGCAUCCUGGGCCGGGACCUUUCAGGCUUUUGGGGUUCAAUGGGAGGAACUCCCACAGAGCUGCGCCGCAGAGCGAGGCCGCAACGCACAGGGGCGCGGCGGCGCGUCAGGGCGGAGAACUGGCAGCGCGGGGGAGCGCAGGCGAAAAGAUGCCUUUGAGCGGAUCGGGGGGUUGGGCGCAGCGCGCGGGGGAGGGUCGCCAGAGGGAGGGGCGAGGCGGGGGCGACGCGGCAACCGUCGCAGCCACUGCCCUGCAGUGGCGCGUGGAGUGCUUGGAGACGGUGCUCGAGUUUGGUCGGCUCUGUCCGUGUAUUUUGGUUGAACACGGAGCGGUGAGUGUGCUUGUAGAUGCCUUGACAGACAUCGAGGUUCAGGCGUGCAGCCCUCAGUUGGGGCCGUCGAUCUGUCGGCUGCUCAUUGCAUUGCUGUCGCAUCGCUACCCCACCGGGCGGCACCAGGAAGGAACCCUACCGUCCCCCUCGUAUGCCAGCUCAAAGGCGUCCGCUUGCGCGGCCGUCUCGCCGGCUUCUGGGUCGUCUAGUGCGCCGUCUCCCGCGUCGCUCCGAGAGCAGUUUCACCUCCCCCGCCUGAGAGAGAGCGCGAGCAAUUUGCAGGGGGGCGCCGGCUUGACGCGCGACGGGGCAGGUUCACGGAAGACCGACGCAGAAAAGAGGUGUUUUUGCGGUCGCCCACUCUCCUCGAACUGCGUCGCUCAGCUCGAGCACACCUGCGUGUCAGAACUCUCUCGUCUGUGCGGCGUCGCUGUGGAAAUCGUCCAGGCCUGCUCUUCUGCAUCAUCUCCCCUAAACCCCGUCGCCGGGCCGAACCGGCCUGCUACCGGAUAUGGCGCUUCUGGGGCUGUGCAGCGGCCGCACAUGGCGCACGCCACCCUCAACCCUCCGCGUGGGAGCCAGGCCGGUGCAGUCGAAGCGCAUCCUAGAGGGCCGGGUGCCGGCGCCUGGCUGACAAACAAACCGUCGCCGGAUAAAGGACAUUCUGGCCGCUGGAUGGGGUCCCAGCCUCCGCCCGCAGCGAGCAUCUCCGCUGGCUUGUCGUCGGCGCUCCGGUUGUAUCGACGCUGGAUCUUAGUCUCCUCUGCGUUGCUGUGCCUCUCACAGACGUUUUCCGGGCUGGUCGUGCUGUGGCGACUCCCCACAGGCCUUCCCUCUCUUGUGAGGCUUCUGGCCAGUCCCAUUGACCCGUGCGCCAUCUGCUGGAUUCUGCGGCUCUUCCACGCUAUGCUGUCGCACGCAGUCGGCUUUGAAGGUCGCCGAAUGUCGUUGCUCGAGUGCGACGGACUCAACAGCAGCCAGAUGGAUAAGUGCCUCGCCGUGCUGCAUCCCAGCCCGGUCCACGAGCCGUCGCGAGACAUCAGCUCCGGGGCGCAACGCGGUCUUUCGAGUUUUGGAUCUCGGUUCCCGUUCUCCUCCAGCCCCGCAGAGAUCCCCUCAAACAGAGAAAGGCACGGCUACAAUUUCUUUAGCAGAGACAUGCCCUUCCGGUUCGCGGCCUGCGGCGCGGCACCGGCUACGCAGGAUGUUGUGCAUACGCACACGCUCCUCGUCGUUAGGCUCCUGCUUCAGGCGCAGCUGCACGUAGUGCUCGCGGGCCUCUGCUCCCUUCGUGAUGACCAGAACGGAUACAUGACCGAGACGGCAUCCCCCAUUCCCGUUAUUCCUUCUGAUGUCCAGUUCGUCCCCGAAACUCUGAAGAUCGACGUCCAUGGCGUCACGUCGCUGUCGUCUCCUUUUGCCAAGCGCCUCCUCGGCCGCGACCGAGAGCCGGCGCCAAUAGGCAUUUCAGGCUCUUCGUGGGAGCGAGCUGGCGCCAUGUAUGUGACGAAAUCGCCGGAUAGCAGCCAGCGCGGGGGCGAGCCACCGUCGGAGAGUCGGCUGCCAGCGUCAGGACUGCCCAAGUUUAUUCCCUUCAUCGCGCUUGUUCGCACGGAAGCGGCACAUCUAUUGUAUGCUCUAGUUCACACAGUGGCAGCCUUUUUCCCCCUCCACCUCCUGCGACACAGGCUGGACGCCACAGAAGUCAGUCGCAGGGCGACGCGCCCACCGGUUGAGCCGCACACGGCUUUCGGCGCGACUCCAGAGCAGUCUCCUCCGAGGCGGGCGAGAAGAUCGGUUCACUUCUCCAAGCUACCCUCGAGUGGGACACAGCGCAGCGUGUCCGCUGAAUUCAACGCUUCAGAGCUUUCCAGUUGGCGCCGAUUCGGCGAGCCGCGUCAUUCGCGAGGAGUAGGAAGCGACCAGCUGCAGCGGAACGGGAGAGGGGUAGAGGAGGCUUUUCAGCCGCGCGAGGAAGUCACGGCUUACGGAGAUGAAGGACGACUGCGAAGAGCAAUCGGUGAAAAUCAGCGGCCGUCGACGUGGUCAGAUAUCGGAAGUCAUACGGCGGUGUCUUCUGAUAGGGGAGCGUCCAAAGCCGGCCGGUCGGACUGUUUGGAAAAGGUAGACCAGUCGUGGGCAUUCUUGUGGGAUGGGUUCCAGAGCUACCGAGGACUUCUGCCUUGGGGCGACAAGCGAGCCGACUCGACGAGUCUCACUGUCCUAUCCACGCUGUCGCUUCUCCACUUCGUUGCAGCGCCGAUCGUGCGUUUAGGGCUCCGUUCGGUCGUCUCCGACGAUGGACUCGACUCCAGAGCUGAUGGCGACGCCAUCUACGGCCACCUCCACCUCGUGCUACGCUGCGGUGAAUCGGGGAUGGUCGUGCGCGCUGUGGAGGACUCAGCCGAUGGUGGCGGAGCCUCUGGCCCAGCGGGGGAGCACAAGCCUCGGGGGCCUUUUACUGUCUCGCGUUCGUUCUCCCGUGGCGACGACUCGCAAGACACUGGUGGAAGUGGAGCGUGCACGAAGGACCCAAGGCUGCAGGAGCGACUAGAGCUGCCAAAGGGGCGCGCGAGCCGUGGGGAGGCCAUCCGUCUUCGGACGUCUGACGGUGAAGAUCUGUUAUUGACAGAAGACUCCUCCGCGGACGACGUGAGCGGCUCCGACGGGUCCACGCCGCCCUGUUUUCAUCUCUCUGGUCCGGAGGGGAACCAGGCCGAUGCAGAGCUCCAAGCGACCUCUGGAAACCACAUCCUGGCGAGGAGGCGGCCUCACGGCGCGCCGAACGGUUUGCUGACUUCUUUGUCACCCCGAGGCAGCAGUGUUUACAACCAACGUGAAGCCUCCGAGUCGACGCUUCACAGAGCGUAUGGCCAAAUAGAAGACGACAUUCUCAGGCGGCUGCUCCUAUUCCACGAAGAAGAUGAAGGACAAAUGCGGCACUUGGGUGUCUGCCCCACGCUGAAGAUGCUCAGCGAGGUGCUUCCGCUUAUUUUUGGAGACAUUGCUCGCGUCGGAUUCGCUCACAGAAUCGAAGUAUGCUGGCACGCGGCUCCGUGCAGUCCCAUAAUUCUUCCGCGCCGAGCGCUUGUGGAUCAGCGGCCGAGUCCAGCUCUUAUCAGCCCGCAGGCAUCCGUGCUUUCCGCGGGGGACAUCCCGAAGCCAACCGUCUUAGAGUUGCUUGCGGUGCCCUCCGGACCGGAGAGCGCCCUUGCCCCGCCACUGCCCGACAGUGCAGCCGCAGGCGCUACAGCCGCUUGCGGAGCGCCACCGCCGUCGACGUCUGCGUUUUCGGCAGGUGCCGGAAGCGGCUAUCAAAUCGCCGCUGACGCGUGCCUUCCCGCUGGCAUCCCGCCGAACCCGUCCACGAACCGCGGUGGCACUCUUCGGCAUGAGCAGCUCUCUACGUCGCCUGCCGGCUGGACGUCCGCAUUCAUCGAAAUCGUGAAUGCUACUGGAGUGUUGAUUCAUCCUGUUGAGAAUGCGGUGCUCUGGGACUGGCACUUGAUUUCGCGUCUCCUCCUGGGCCCCAUGGUCUCGCACCUCCGCUUCCUAGUCGCUUUCUCUGUCGAGCUUACUCGGCUGUUUGAAGUGUUUCUCGGCCGCGUCCUCGCCUUUUUCCUGCCCUCCACAUGUGGCUUCGCCUGCCUCCCGUGGGACAUGAACAAUCUUCACUUCCUCGUGAUUGCGAACGCACUCGUGUCUCUGCUUCUCGUCGUCCCCCACAACGCUCUGAGCCUCUGCUCUAGCACAUGUGUCACAUAUUCGCCGUUCCCGACUGGCCAGCGUGCCUGCGGGUGGGACGGCAGCCAGUCACCGCAGUCCCGUCGAGGCGGCAAGCGUCAAUACUCCGUCGCUCCGCAGGCCCCAGGUGCUUCAGCGGAGACCAGAGCCGCUGAAGAAGAGGCGGACGGCGGAGAAGCAGAGAAGCUGCAAAACUUGCCGAACUGCAGAGGCGCAGGACGCCGUUGGACGAUCUCCAACUGCGUCCUGGGACGAUCCGCGCAGAGCAGAUGUCGGACGGCUGAGCGAGCCCCCUGGAGGCCGGGGACCAAGGCAGAAAAAGGGCGAAGAGAAACAUCUCUUCCGGCGCCACACCGAGGACAGCACGCCCUCGAAGAGGCAGGGCCUGGGUUGUGUGGUCGGCGGGCCUUCCUGAUGGAAAUCGCAGGGCUCUUGCUCCAGGAGCUCUUGCUGCCUCCGCGUGUGAGUCCUGCAUCCGCGUGCCGAUGCACACCUUCAGCGUCUGCCGCAGCACAGCGCCACAGUGGGGUGCGCAGUUCAGCCUCUUCCGGUUCCCUCUGUCGAGGCACCUCCGCCGCCUGCAUGCAAGGCGACAGCGGGUCGGAGCAGGUGUCGGGCAACAGGCUGUCGCCGGCGAGCACAAGUGCAGGGAGCCUGGCGCGCCUGGAAGGUGCGGCAGCCCCCUUCGCUGCUCAGGAUCUUCUUAAGCGAGGGAGGGCUACGCAAGCUGUCGGACGAGGUGAGUGUUGGGGCGCGCAGCUGCAGAGACAGUCCCUCCUGACCUCGUCAGUUGCGUGCGAGGGUCGAGUGCUGGAAGGCGGAGCCCCCGCCAGCAUGCUGACUAGCAGCGCGCCUUGUCCGGAACCGGGCUCUCGAAGCGAAGGACAGAGUCGUCGGCUGGGAGUGGACGGGCUACCUAGCGUCCCCGUCCGUCCGCCAGCGAAUAGCGACCCUGCGGCGAGAUCUGCGACGGAAGCGGUGCGUCAGCCAGGGCAGCGGCGCGCUCCGCUGUCGGGCGGUCCCCAGAUGGCGUUGCACUCUCCUGCAGCGGGAAGCGAGUCGACGUUCACUCAUCCAGGCAGUCUGGGUGCUGUCGCUUUGAAAGGCACAGAUGCGUCCAGUGGAGGCGAAGGCGCAGCAAGCCCUGCGAGCGCCGCGAGCCUGCCGGGGAUGGAGGGGAGGCUGCUGAGCGCGACAAACACUCUGGCAAGCGCUCCAAGUCUCUCGGUCGGGGGCGGCGCGCCUCAUUUGUCGUUGUCGCUUGCGGCGGACGCCUCUGUUGUGCGGCUGCGAAGCGCACGUCUCGUGUACCACGUCCGCAACCGAACGAAAGCGGAGAGGCUGCCCAUUCGCCUGAGACAGCGCUGGCGCAGGACGGAGCCGCCCUUCUCGGCAGAGGACCCCCCCGGCUCCCACCAGAUGGAGUCGGUCACAAGGCUGCCAGGCAGGAGGGACGGGGAGACUAGGACGCAUGCUGAGGCUGUGAUUCCAGCGCCAGGCACGGACUCUCAGUCUGCUUCCGCACUUCAGCUUCAGCGCUCCGAACAUCGCCUGUUGCGCGACGGACUUGCGCCGUCGCCGGCAGUUCGAGUUGAGCAGCUUCGGCUUGCCGCGGUGAUGCCGCGCGUCUUGGGCGACGACCACGCACACCGGACAUUGUCCGGUCAGUAUGGAGCCAUUGUCGGGACUUUUUCGGCGUCGGUGGAGGGAGUUAUCCAGCUCUCAAGAGCUGGCAUCUUUAUGCUGCUCCACCAACUCAUUGAACGAGGCCCGGCCAAAGACGCACUCGUCGCGGGGUUCAUCCCGCAUCUCUGCCUGGAUUUUCGUCCCGCGCGCCGCGUGCUUAGCAGCGUCCUCAGUCGCGGCUCGCUCUUUUUGAAGCUUAGGUGCUUGGCGCACUGGGAAAGACAGAUUCUUGAUGAAGAGGCCCUGCCCGACAUCGCAGAAGGCGGUGUCGACGACUGCGAGUCAGAUCUAGAUGAGAACCUGGACAGAUACGACGGCGACGCACCGUCUUCGGGGCGGGAGCCCACGAGGGACCGGUACACAGAGGAAGACGGCAGGAGCCAGCGGCGUUCGGAGGCCGCUGAGCGAGGCAGAGAAGGGGGAAGACCGGCCUGCGAGAGACGCCAACGCACGGGUCACGGGUCUGUCCUUCGGCAUCCCAGCACGGAUUCUGAGGCCGCUUCGCCGUGCCUACGUCCCUCGCCAAGAGGCCCCACGCCGCGCACAGACGUGAACGCCAUCGCGGAAGAUGAUCGCGCUCUCUUUUCCAAAACGCCGCGGUGGGCGUGGCAGCUCCAGGAAGUGAUUCUCAAAUGCUUGGACGACGGCCAGCCGGCUACUCUGCGCCGGCAGGCGCUCCGCAUCGUUUUGAUUCUGUGCACAAGGAAGUCCCGGCGAGCCGUGCGAGUCAUUCUGAAUAUCAUGGAAACAGAGCGCGUCUCCAGCGCGUGCUGGCCACGACUUCUUCAGUUGCAGCUGCUGCGGGUCAACGAAGGCGUGCGCACGGCGCUGCGCGACGGAUGGCUGCUCAGUCGGCUGAAUGAGUACAUCGCUGUGGCGCACAGCUACGAGGCAGCUUGGGCAGACCACGAUGGGGUACACGCGGCGCGGCAAAGACAGAGGCUCCUGGCGGAAAAGGCAGAGCAAAUCUCCACGGAAGGAGCUCUUGCAGUGUCGCAGACAUGCGCUGAGGGCGCGCGCCACAGUUCAAGAACGAAAGACUACGCAGUAUGUUCGACGCGCAGCGCAACUCCAAGUUGGAGCCGCGGAGAACAGUAUCGGGACAUGGCGCGGAGCCAGCGACCUCUGAGACCGUUUGCCUACGUCCGCGUGAUGGAGUACUUCACGACAAAGGUUUUUGAUUUGUCGCGAAUCUGGGAAACUCGCACCUUGGGGGCGAAAUCACUUGACUUCGAACUCUGCUCGUCGACGUCGUCCUUUGCGGCACGCGAGUGUUUCUCUCCAAUCUCCUCAGCGGGAGCCAGCGCGCGCCGCCAGUCGUCACGGGGAUCUGCAAACGUCGGCUACGCGGAGCCCAGGACGCGGGGUCGCAGUCCGGUGCGUGGAAGCCCGGUGCCGCCUCACUUCCCCAGCCUGCAGUCGCACGUGGAGUCCCCCGUCGACGAGGCUCCAGGCCUCUUCCCGGGAUUAUCCGCGAUGCAAGCGGCCGAGGCAGUCCGGGAACGCCAGCAGUCGCGGCCACCGUUGCCCUGGGUGUUUCACUUGCUCCAGCGAGAAGAUGCGGCAGGCGGCUCUGUCGCCCCUGCGCGCGGGCUGAAAGUGAGUCACGAGUUCCAGACCGGGUCUGCGACCGAGGGUCAAGGCCAGAUGGCGGCGGACGCCCAUUCUGUGGUGGAGGCGGCUUUCGCUCAACUGGACUCCAGUGCUGGCGUGACGGGGCUUGCAGCUGGCCUCAAAUACCGUAGAGGCAAGCUGAGGAAAGGCGCGGGCGGACCUGGGUUCAUGUGGAUGUCGCAUGUGCCUGGCCAACUGGAUGUCCAGUUGGUCGCAGCCCUCAAGUCAAGCAGGCUCUGCGCGCGCGUCGCUCGAGCGAACGCCGGCAACGGACAGGCCCUCUCGCAGAAAGCGGGAGAUACCACGAGCGCGGGUGGCGAGGAUGUGGGAAACCGUCAACCGGAGAGAUCAACGAGCAGCCGCAUUUUCAGGGACGACGGGUCCUUGAGCGAUCGAACAGGCAGGCUCGCGCGUAGUUGUAGGACGAGUGUGCCUGGAGACGACAGCUGCCCAGGAAAUGCAGGCAAUGAGGAGGAGAAUGAAGAAGAGAAUGCGGAGAGGAUCGCGGCGAUUAUCCGCGAGAAGGGGGUAAGGAUCGCGCUGGAAGACGGUCUGGUCAGUGAGGAUGCACUCAAUUCGAGGCUCGUGAUUCUCGAAUGGUUUCCAUUAGAUAGCUUUGUCGUUACAGACAGCAUCUCGGUUUGCCAGCGCGCUCUGAUGGAUCACGCCUGUUCGCCGUCUACGACAGGUCGCCCCGCAGAGAGUCCACCUCCUUCGCCUUCGUCGUGUCGGUCUCUCUCCUCCCCUCUCGCGCCUGGCAAGAGAUCCACGCGGAAGAUUCCGAGCAAAAGCGACGAACGCGGAAAAACCUCCCGCACGUCGUGUUACUCGCCAGCUGAUGCGGAGGACCCGCGGGGAAGCCAGUCCCUCGGCGGGUUGAGCGAAUCGGAUGCUGGAAUGCAGGCGCCCUGCGUGACAGGGGAGAAACCCAGAGGGUGGAUCACAGCUUUGGAUGGCCUCAUCGACCUAGCGGCCAUGGAGAAGUCGUACUCAAUUCUCAGCUUGAUAAACCAGGAGCGUUGUGUCGCCGUAAGCAAACUGUUUGCCUCUCCUGGUCGGCUCCUUGCGGACCUGCGGGCGCGGACGAGCAAUGCCGCGCCGUGUGGAGAGCCUGGAGAGGCGGCGGAGGACGGCGCGCCGAUGCUGACGCACGCUGAAGCCGAGGAACUCCUCAUGGAUCCGUCGGCGGUGCUCGACGUGGCUCUGCGCGUGCGAUUUGUCGCAGGUGGCAUGUACGCGGAUAGGAAAGGUCACUUCACGAGAGAUCCGGAGGCAGCAGCUUGGGAGUAUCUCUCCCGCACGGAGCACAUCACCAGCGUCUGGGAGCAGAUGAUGAAUCACAGGGCGUGUGGCUCCUUUGGUGAGGCUCACUCGCCACAGCUUCGCAAGCAGUCACACCACGACGCGGCGUCCGCCAGAGCGGGAGACAGGGACGCGCGGAACCGGGCAGGUGGCGCUCUAGAAAGUACGGCGGAGGGAGGAGAAAGCUCGAAGGAGGAACGAGAGGACGUCAUGAAAGCAGCAAUCGAGAAACGCUCGCACAAGGCCUUUUGCAAAUCGGGGGGCGCUGACUACCCCGCCCACAGCGUGCAGUGUUGGAUGCCUGGCGAGGACGAAGAAGAGUCUUGCGACGAAAGAGGAACUCAAGAUCCGCCAGCAGCGGUGCCGUGCGCAGCGCACGGAAGGUACACUGUGGGCCCCGUCGUUGUACGGACUGGAAAUUUUCGCUGGAGCUUUUGUCUUCACCGUCAGCAAGAGCAAGUCCGAUUCGACACCAGCGAUCUGGAGCUCUUCCGGCGAGGCUGGGAUCAGGAGAUAUACAUGCUGCACCUCGUCAGACUUGACGGGCAAAUUGUGCUCCAGCGUCCAAACAGGGUCGUCGCCAAACCCCCGCCCUCCAUCAUUUCGUAUCUCGCUUUGACUCAGUCAGGCUGCCGCGUCUUGUUCAAUCACCCCACUUUCCUUCCGUACUUGGAGUCGGUCCUGCGGCACCCCCGUCGCGUGUCAGCGUCUGAGGCGUGCGCCGCGGUGUGGUCAGUUUGUCAGAUAGCUUCCACUUCCCUGGGCAACGAGUAUCUGUUGGAGUACGAACGGCAGAAACAACUGCGGCAGUCAAUCGAGAGGGCAUGCGCCAGUCCGCGUCGGCGAGACAAAGAAGGUGCGGAGACGGGAGCGAACCGAGACCCCGCAGUUCGCUUCACAGGGCAUCUGUCCCGCACAGGCGGCAGUCGCCUGCAGAAUCCGGGUGGGAGGGGUUGCAGCAGCUCUUUACUAAGGCUCGUUAUGCGCAUCGCACGCCGCGGCAGUCCCCUGUGCCUCCGGGGCUCCUGCCUCCACGCGCUCUCCCUGGUGCCUGAAUGCGAGGCCGCCGAGGCUGCCGCCGUCGCAGCUCGCUGGGAUCUGGCCGCGAAGGGUCCGUUGCAAGACCGGAUUCGCGAGUUCCUCGCGGGAGGCGGGUCGGAUCGCGGGAGCGACGGGAGCGGCUCUGAGGAGGACGGCGAUUCUGUGCCCGAAAAGCCUCGCGGAGGCGACGAGGAAUUGGAGAAGCUCGGCGCGUCUUCUGCCGGGCAAAAAUGCGAUAGAGACGGCUGCGAUACCGCCGGGGAGAAAGAGAAGAAAAGUAGUCUGAAGAAGGACAAACUGUCGGCGGCCGACAACUGGUUUACCCUGGGAAAGCUAGUGUGGGCGCCGGCGUUCAACCCCGCUCUCCCCUCCGAGGAGCGCACGUUGUCUCUCGCUGCCCUUGACAAGAUUCGAGGCCGGCAUUCGGGUAGCCGCCUCACAGCCUUUGGGGGGAUCCUGAAAAGCUCGCCCAGCUCGACGAGGUUUCCGCGCGACUUCUGUGGCCCCGCGACUUCAGCGGACUUUGAGGAACACCGGAGGAACAAAAGGUCUGUCUUCGGCUUCUACACUGAGGGUAGCCGGGCGCGGUCCUCUUCUUGCCCGCAGCAGGAAACCAAGGAAGGGAGUCGAUCGCAAGCCCCGUGCUCCGAGGAACCGUUUUCCGGGACCCCUCAGGAGGAGGCAACACCUGUAUCAUCAACUCGACCUGAGGGCAAUCGGAAAAGUUGCGGCAGCCUCGGACCCAAGAAUCAAGCUGCACAUCCUGGGGGCGACGAGGCCGUCGAAGCGCCGCAAAAAGAUCAGCAUGAGGCAUCGAUACCGCCGACGCCCUACCGCGGAGCGAGCGACAAGGAUUAUGUUUUUGGGCAGAGCCCAUCUCUCGCGAUUUUUCUGAAUGGCCGUAGUCGGCCGUGCUACGCGUGCUUUGGCACCCAGCACUGGACUGUUUUGCAGCUGAUUUCGAAGCUGCCCAACUCUGUCGCUGUCAAAAUUGAUGGUUUGAUCUCGCGCCUUCAAUUGAUAAAGCAAAGGAACCCCGAGAUUUUCCUGUCGGUGGAGCUUUGGUGGCGAGUAGAGCAGCUUAUGUGUUUGUAUCGUUUUCCCGCUCACCUGAGGCGAAUCGUUGCUUCACUCUUUGACAACACAUUCAGCGACCCGGCGGCUCUCUCGUACCUGGAUAUCCUAUCAGAUCACGUGUCGCAGCUGCAGCACGUUGAGAAAUGCCGCAGCCUGAGCGGAGCCGUAAUAACGGGCGCAAGUUGA